CCUAAUGCAUGCUUCUCUUCUCUGCAACUCGACGUGGCCCUCUUGUACCAUUCGUUUAUACUAAUGGUGGUGGUGUGAGUUUGAUGCUUGGCUUUACCUUGAUUUGCUGAAGAAGAAAAGGCUUUCCUCCUCCUGUUUAGUUGAUCGUUUUCGUUAUAAGCACGAUUGAUUGGCACUCUGUAUAAUUGAACUCGUGAAAUGGGUUUGUUUCGGAAUCAGGCAAUGAGAAGUGGGGAUUACUUGGAAGGGAUGAUUAAUGAUUAUGUCGGAGGAAAGAACAAGAUGAAAGCUCAAAAGAGUGUCUCAUCUCGGCUUGUUACAGCACUUACUUGUCUGCAAUUUGCCUUUGCAGUUUAUGCAACAUUCCUUCUGUAUUACAUGAGUCCUGCAAUAGAUUUGCGAACCAAACCAGAGUUCACAUGGGCAACAAAAAUCGCACAACAAUGGAAGCAAUUCAUUGUCACGCCACAUGUUCUUGGUCGGUACCAGGAAGCCUCCUCUCUCAUUGGCGCUGAAAUCAUGCCAAUAACACCAUCCCAAGUAUGCGAGCAUGAGAAAAUAGACUUCAUGCAGAAGAAGUCCAACGAUGUCCACAUGAUCAAGUUGAAGACAGACCUUUACAAGGAAGUUUUGGACUUCCAGAGCAAGAACAUUGGAACAGAAACUCUUGAUCAGCUCAUGUCACUCAAGUCUAAGUGGGAUUUGAAAGGUCCAAACAAGCCAAAAGUAACAGUCAUCUUGAACCAUUUCAAAAGAAAAACUCUUUGCUCCCAGCUGGAUUCCUUGCUUGAACAGACACUUCCUUUCCACCAUGUUUGGGUACUUUCAUUCGGCAGCCCAAAUGAACUCUCCUUGAAAAGAAUCGUAGAAAGCUACAAUGAUUCAAGAAUCAGCUUCAUAAGUUCAAGCUAUGAUUUCAAGUACUAUGGAAGGUUCCAAAUGGCCUUACAGACAGAAGCAGAUCUUGUAUACAUCCUUGACGAUGACAUGAUUCCCGGAAGGAAAAUGCUACAGAUUUUGUCACAUGUAGCUGGGACAGAGAAGUAUCAGAACUCGGUGUUGGGAAGUAUAGGAAGGAUUUUGCCAUUCAGACAGAAGGAUUUCACGUUUCCAAGCUACAGAAAGUUUCGGUCAAAGGAAGCAGGGCUUUAUUUGCCUGACCCUGCUUAUGACAUCACAGUUGAUAAAAUUGUGCAGGUCGAUUUUCUUUCCAGCUCUUGGUUCUUGUCUGCAGAGCUUGUCAAGACGCUUUUCACUGAGACUCCCUUCACCUUUGCAACUGGCGAAGAUCUGCAUCUUAGCUAUCAGCUUCAAAAGUACAGAAAUGCUGGCUCCUUUGUUCUUCCGGUUGACCCCAAUGACAAGGAAACUUGGGGUGAUAGUGAACACCGGCUUGCUUAUGUCUCUGAAACUACUGUAAUCUUCAAAGACAUUGUUCAAGUUCGAGAUGAUCAAUGGUGGAAAGCACUUUCUACUGGUUAUAUCACUCAGUGGGCAGCAAUGAAUCCUCAGAAAAUUGAUGCACUCUUCUAUGCCCACUCUGUUUCUGAGAUCAAAGCGCUUGCACCCCUUCUUGAAAAGUUCAGGUCUACUGUAGGCAAAAAAGCUUACCUUGCCGUCUCUGGAGGCAACUUCUGCCCUUGUGAAGCUGCUGCAACUGCUCUGAACUGGCCAAAGUUGGUAUGCAAGGAGCGAAGGUUUAAGAUAUUUGAUCUGUCUGUGGGAUCUCUCUCUGGAGUAUCAAAAUCUGAGGUGCCUGUGCUGCAAGCUGUGUACUCCAGCAUGAAAGGUUUGAUCAAAAUGCACAAUCCCAGUGUCGUGAUUACAGUGGCUGACAUUGAUCCUAAUGUGAAGAAAGCUUUGAAGAUGGCAACAGAAACUAACUCCAAUGCCACAACUUUGGUUCUUUUGCAAAGAUCUUCUGUGUCAAAAGUUCUUUGGAUGGCUGAUCUACGAUCAACAGCAUUGCCAUAUUGGAACCGGAUGAGGGUGUCGAUCAACAUUAUCACCCAAAACCGAGCUCAUUCAUUAACAAGGCUUCUCAAAUCUCUGAGCAAUGCCUUUUAUGUUGGGGAUGAGAUUCCUAUCAGCUUCAACAUGGACAGUAAAGUGGACGAGGCAACAAUCAAACUUGUAAACUCAUUCCAUUGGCCUCACGGCCCCAAGACCCUCAGAAGGAGGAUCAUUCAAGGAGGGCUGAUUCGAGCUGUUAGUGAGAGUUGGUACCCAUCAUCAGAUGACGAUUAUGGCCUUCUGCUUGAAGAUGAUAUCGAAGUAUCUCCUUACUAUUUUCUAUGGAUCAAAUACGCCCUCUUAGCCUACCACUAUGACCCACAAGUGUCUUUUCCAGAGCUUUCCUCCAUCUCCCUAUACACACCUAAGCUUGUUGAGGUGGUUAAAGAAAGACCUAAAUGGAAUCCAACUGAAUUCUUCAAGCACAUCCAUCCAAACACACCUUAUCUCCACCAGUUACCCUGCAGCUGGGGUGCUGUUUUCUUCCCCAAGCAAUGGAGAGAGUUCUAUGUCUACAUGAACAUGAGGUUCACUGAAAAUGCCAAGGAAAACCCAGUUCAAAUUCCAAAGUCUAGAACAAAUGGGUGGCAAGCUUCGUGGAAAAAGUUUCUGAUAGACAUGAUGUACCUCAGAGGUUAUGUGAGUCUCUAUCCCAACUUUCCAAACCAGGCAAGCUUUUCGACCAACCAUAUGGAACCAGGGGCUCAUAUUAGUGCAAAGGAUAACGUUGUUAAGCACGACAAGACAGACUUUGAGGUGCCAUUGUUGAAGGUAGACUUCAGGACACUAUUGCCCGGUGGGAAGUUGCCUGCAGCCUCAAGACUGCCAUCGUUGAACCUGUUUAACCAGCCAGUUUCUCUCAAGGGCCUCAAGGCUGCUGGGGCCAAGUUGGGUCAGGAUGUGCUUGCAUGUAACAAUGUCACGGAGAUUGUAGCUGUCGAUCAUGGAACAGGUCUGCCAAUGCACUGUGCAAAGUUCUGAAAUUUUUAGUUGUUUGUCAUCAAUUUAUUAUUUUUUUCAAUAACCGUUUGUGGGAAUUUUUUUGUGAACUUCAUUGGGGGGAAAUUGGACUUGAAUUAUGUUUAUAUGUAAGUGGUCAAGCAAUUAAAGUUGAGGAAACAGUACUAGGAGUUAUGGGUAGGGUAUUGCCUCGUCCUCAUACAUGAUUGGUGACGAGAAUUAAAUUUACGUUUACUGGCAGCCAAAAGUGGUUUGCUCAAUCUUCUUCAAGUAAAAAGC